AGAGGGAUAAAGAGAAAGAGUAAGAGUAAACGAGAUUCUCGCGUAACGUUUCAAAAUCUCGGUGAAUAAUGGCAGACCCUAAAUAUGCCAACCUCCCCGGAAUUGACUUGAACUCCCCUGAUGUGUAUGAAACUAGUGAAUUACCUGAAGAUGACCAAAACACUCGGCCAGAACAGGAAGAAAUUCACAGUGAUGCCAUAGAACGUGUGAAUUUGGACUCCAAGACUGCUUACAAAAGGUUCAAAGGGACAGUCCUUGAUGCUUCCAAUGCUGAUUUUUCAGGAAGAAUCCAGAAGCAGCGAAACACUGGUUAUGAUAUCAUUAAGAAUGAAUAUGAAAUGCUGGAAGAAGGUUCCGAGGGUAAAGAAACUCCUCAACAGAAGUACCAAAGACUUCAAUAUGAGAUGAGGGAACUAACUGAAGAAGUGAAUAAAGUGAAGGAAUCGGUGAAGACCGAUACCAACGAGAACCUCUCCCCCAUCAACCUUGGCAAACAACUGGAAUAUCUGCAUCAUCAGUUGGCCGAUCUGCAUCUGGAGAAGUUGCUGGGACCAGAGGCUUCGGUGGAUCUUUCUGACCCUCAAGGGGCUUUGAGAAAACGCUUACUUACACAGCUGGAAACUUACUCCCCUGCUUCCAAAUCUGCAACUCCAAGUAAAGGUUCAAAAACUUCGGAUAAAGCAAGCGAAGGCAAGGCAUCAGACCAUGUGACUUAUGAACUCUACUAUAGACCAGAACAAGCUCAGUUUAGUAAGAAUGCCAAGUUGGCAAGCAUUGAGGAAAGAUUGGAGCGUCUUGAGGCUGUCAUUGGACAGAAUCCGCAGAAAAUGUCUGCUUUAACAGCCGAAGUUAGCAACAAAAGUCUUUUGGCUGCCGUCUCUAACAUCAACUCAAAGUUAUCUCUCUUGGAUCCGGCUCAAAUUGACCAGGUGGAAGCUCGUUUGCAGAAUGUCCUACAGAAAGUCAAUCAAAUUACUGAAAAGAAGAUCGUUUCUGACGAUUCUGAGAAACAGGCAAAGGUGACCGAGUUAUAUGAGAUUGUUAAGAAGUGGGAGAGCAUGGCCGACGUGUUGCCACAGGUUGUUGACCGGCUGACCACAUUGAAAGACAUUCACGAGCAAGCCCUACAGUUCAGCCAAGCCCUUGUCUACCUCGACACGGCACAGCAGGAAAUACGCAAAACUCUCACGGAGCAUGGUGAUAUGAUGAAGCAGCUGGAAGAUUCGUUCAAGCAAAACACUGACGUCAUCAAGAAAAACUGUCAAAGCCUGGAGGAAAGAAUGAAGUCCUUAAAGAAAUAAUUAGGGAAUUCAGGUGGGGGGGUGUGCAAAAUAAAGGGCCGGCAACUACAUCUUCAACUACUCCUCCCUCUUCUGUAGCUUCAUUAUGAUUAUAAUUACUAUUAUUAUUAUUAUUAUUAAGGUGGCGAGCUGGCAGAAUCAUUAAGCACGCCGGG